GAAGCCCAGGAAGCCGGAGGGGACCAUCUCGGGCCGGAAGCUUGGGUUGUCCCCAUGCUCUUCACAAUCAUCGGAGUUGUGGGCAUCUCUGCAAACACCCUCGUCAUCUACAUCAUCACCAAAUAUAACGAGAUGAAGACGCCGACUAACCAUUACAUCGUGAGCCUGGCGGUGGCUGACCUGUCGUUCCUGAUCUUCUGCUCGCCCUUCACCGCCUACAUGUUCGCCACCACCAGCUGGACUCUGGGAAGGAACAUGUGCAAGUUCGUCUUCUACGUCAUGCAGGUGACCGUCGACGCCUCCUGUUUCUCGAUGACGUCCCUGAGCGUGGACCGGUACUUCGCUAUCGUCCAUCCCAUCGCCUCCAUCAACUUCCGGACCCCGCGAUCCGCAGUCGUCAUCAGCGCCGUCAUCUGGACAGUGGCCCUCCUGAUCUCGUCACCGCUAGCUGUGAACUUUGACCUCGUUUACGUAGAAUGGCACAGCCAAAACACCUACUGCAUGGAACGCUGGAGCAGCCUGUACGGACAGAUGGCCUACUGGAUCAGCAUCAUGGUGGUGACCUACGUGCUCCCCCUAGCGGUGGCCUCAUGGAGCUGCAUGCGGGUUGUCCAGCAGCUCUGGGGCAGCAACGCGGUGUACCCUGGGAUUGAGCAGCUGCCAUUCCAGUUCCGACAGAAAGCCCUACGGAAGAAGCGAAAGGUUUGCCUGAUGAUCGUUGCCAUGGCACUGAUGUUUGCCAUCUGCUGGCUGCCAAACCACGUGAUCAUCCUCUGGCAGGUUCUUGACCCGAAAGGAUUCCCGCGCGACUUCUCGAUGCACUCGGUGAAGAUCUUUGCGGUGACCCUGACGUACCUUCAGUCCGCCCUGAACCCGAUUCUGUACGUCUUCCUGGGAGAGGCCUUCAGGAAGAACCUGCGGAAGGAGUGCCCCUGCAUGUUCAGAUCCGGUCGCGUUGGUUCCAACCGUGAGGCGGGGACGGGAGCGGGGACCGGGGUGCGCCCGUCCGCCGCCAGCCGGCCCCUGGAGCUGGGAGCUCCCGCCUGCAGCCCGGCCAGACUGAGCGGCCACCAGCAGCCCGUGGUCCCGGCCAAUCCCAACAGGAUCGACCUGGAGCUGCGCCCGAUCUCCCACAGCACCAACAGGCCGUCCUCGCCCGUCUCCAGCAGCUCAAAGCAGCGCCCACUUGUGAUGCCGAAAGCAAGCACCUCCAUGUUUAUACGGCGUCGAGGAUCCUGCUGCAAUCCCGCCAUAAACCUCAAGAUGGCGCGCGUGCAACCCGCGAUUGUGACCAGCAAGGUCUGAGCAUGACAAAUGGAAAAAAAAUCACCAACGCUGAGUGAAAUUGUGAAGCGUGGUCGUAGAAAGAUUUGAGGGUUAGGUCAAGCUCUAGGUGUAGGGUUUAACAUGAGUCUUGUAAAAUUGUGUAUCAACUACAAGGGUUAGGUACUGUACAUACAUGUACAUUCUCAAGAUAUAGUAUGCAUACAUUACGAACGUCAGUCAGUGAUUAUGGCGAAAGAUGGAUUCUGCUCGAGUCGUUAGCGAUCCUGCUUCUACACCAGAAAGUCAACGGUUCGAAUCCCGGCUGUUAUGGUCUCACCCAUCUUGCACGCCUAGCCUAUUGGAAAGAGUUGCUGCCACAAUGAUGGGUCAUGGUG